UGAAGAAGUUUAUUGCUUUAAAAAGUUCGAUGCUAGAUUGUGCAAAAUACUUAUUAUAUCGAGUGGAAAUACUGUAAAAUUCUUAAAUCAAAUCAAACAAUGCUUAUUAGCUACGCAGCUCGAUUUGUCAGUUCCGCAGGGAUCGGGUGCCGCUUGUAUGCCACCGCAGAAAAGAGUGCCCUGGCUACUUUGCGCAAGAAGACUGGUUACACGUUCGCCAACUGCAAAAAGGCAUUGGAAUUACAUGGCAAUGACCUAACCAAGGCAGAACAUUGGUUGAAGGAACAGGCUCAAGCCAUGGGUUGGUCUAAGGCCACUAAACUAGAAGGUCGUAACACGACGCAAGGUCUUAUCGGGGUGCUGGUGCGUAACAAUAUCGGGGCAAUUGUGGAAGUAAAUUGUGAAACAGAUUUUGUCGCAAGAAAUCAAAGUUUUCAGAAGUUUGUUCAAACCGCUUCGACUGCUUGUGUUCAAUAUAUGAACCAGUUUGAGGGGGAUACCAAUUUGGCUAAGAUUGGAUUGAACGGAGAAGCACUGAAACAGAUUAUGAUGGACGAUGGCAAAUCACUGGGGGAUCAUUUGGCUCUGAUGAUAGGAACGGUUGGCGAGAAUGCAACGCUGAACAGAGCAGUCUGCUACAAAGCUCCUGAAAGUGUCAAUUUGACUGGUUAUGUACAUCCAUCACCGGUGGAAGAAGUUCCCUCCGACAUUCCACAGUACGGUAAAUAUGGCAGCAUUUUGGCGUUCAAAAGCAACAAUCCUGACUCGAAUGGGGAAGUAGCUAAAAAGAUUUGUCAACACGUGGUUGGAAUGAAACCGGACCGGAUUGGCGACAAAAGUCGGGAUGAGCCGGUCGCGGAUAAAGACGAUGAGCCGUGCUUAAUUUUCCAGGAGUAUCUUGCUGAUCCUGCAUACACGGUUGCAGAAGUGCUUGAAGCCAACCAGGUGGAAGUGGUAGACUUCCAGCGGUUUGAAUGUGGCGAAAAGUCGAAAGCGGAAGACGAGAACGUAAGGGUAGUAAACUGAGUUGUUUUUUCGUCGAAUCUGGUUUAUUAGACGAUAAUAUAAUAUAAUAUAAUCUUUACGUUACUAGCAUGUAUUGGUACGUUUCAUAGUUACACUAUUGCCAUGAGGAAUUCAUCCACACCUACGGCGAUUGAUUUAUUUUCGAUAUAAUCUCGGAUCUAAAAAGCCUUCCAUUAGCACAGAGGCGAGAAUGUGCAAAAUGGUCAGGAUAAAGAUUAUCUGUGUGAUUAGCAGCUUUAAAUUAUUGCGAUCCGACGUGUUGGGCAUGAUCUAAAAGAAAAAAAAGCCAUUUUUAAACCAUAAACCAGGAUAAAAUUUUGUUAUAUUUUUACACGUAACGAAAUGUACAUAAUUAUAACCAGGGACUGGAGAAUCAACGAAACGAUGAGAAUACCCAUCAAAAUAGGUGGCAAUGUUUCAUGCUGGUCUUUAUCCGUUCUCUGCACGAGCAAUAGUUGAAACAAAGUCGGAAUGAAUAGACUGCCAUCAAUAAACAGU